UAAAUUCCUUGUCUUUUUUGCAAUAUAGAGCAAAGGCUGUUAAGCAGCCACAUUUUAAACACGAUCAAAAAAAUAAUAAUAAUAAAGGGAACAUGCUGUUUCCAUGUGGUAUUUUGAUUAAGAAGACAAGAGUUCGACAAGAGCUGGAGAAAGGAAACCCUGGUUACUAUGGCAACUUGCACUUUGUGAGAGACAGUGUUGGUUUACUCCAAAUAUGGGGAAUGUUUUUGUUUGGACCCAGUCCCCAUGUUAUUGACUUCGAUGACGUCAGUUCACAAUAUGAAGGAAAGUACAUAGUGCUGUAGUUGCCUUUGUCUUGUUGUCCAACUUUCCUGUCGUUGGGUCGCUUCUUCCACAGAGAAUUUGUUCAAAACUGGCUAUCCUCGUGGUCUUCAGCUACCCUGGCCUCGUCUGACGACGAACAGAAAGGUGGACUGUCUCCACCACCGCAAAAAAGGGCGCGCCUUUCCUUGGACCUUGAGUCCGAUAUGCACAAAUCGAAACGGACUUCUAGUGGAAGUGAUGGCGAAACUAGUACUUCCAACGGUGAAUGCAUAGCCAAUGGAGACAGUAAAAGCCAUCUAAAAAGGAAAAUUGUUCACAGAAGCGACGAAGAUGUCGUACGGUUAAUAGUACAACAUUUACAAGGUUUAGGAUUGAACAAAUCAGUUGAUGUCCUCAUGCAGGAAUCGGGCUGUAGACUAGAACACCCAUCAGCGGCCAAGUUUCGUGAGAGCGUGAUGGCCGGUGAUUGGGAAAGGGCGGACGCGAUCCUCAAAGAGCUCAGGCCUUUGGUCGAGAACAAAGAAGACAUCUCGAAAAUGAGGUUUUGUCUGAUGGAGCAGAAGUUCUUAGAAUUCCUUGAAGAAGAUAGACGCAUAGAGGCCCUUCAGUGUUUAAGAACAGAGCUCACUCCUUUGAAAUGUAAUAGGGAAAGAGUGCAUCAACUUAGUGGAUUAAUAAUGUGUACAAACGAAGAGGAACUUUACAAAAGAGCUGAAUGGAAUGGAAAAGGAUCUCUUUCUAGACAAAAGCUGAUGGAUAGACUUCAAUCAUUUUUACCUGCAUCUGUGAUGCUUCCUCCACACAGACUAAGAACAUUAUUAAAUCAAGCAGUUGAGCUGCAAAAAGAAAAAUGUCCAUAUCAUAAUACUAAACUGGAAGUUGGAAUACAUUCAUUUUCUUUACUAAGUGAUCAUCUUUGCUCAAGGAAUGACUUUCCAUGUGAAACAAAAUACACAUUAACAGAACACUGCGACGAGGUCUGGUUUCUUAGGUUUUCUCACAGCGGAUCUAAACUUGCUACUGGAGCAAAAGAUGGCACUGUCAUCAUCUGGGAUGUAUCACACGGUGAACCCACACACCUUAGAACAAUAGAAGGUCACUCAUAUGGAGUGGGAAAUUUAGCCUGGAGUCCAGACGACACAUAUCUUAUUGCUUGUGGUCCUGAGGACUGCUCUGAAUUGUGGAUCUGGAAUAUUGAGACAGGAGAAUUGAAAUGUAGAAUGACUCAAGCUGCAGAUGACAGUCUUACUUGCUGUGCAUGGAAUCCUGAUGGAAAGAGAUUCUACACAGGUGGCAAGAGAGGGCAAUUUUAUCAAUGUGACCUAGAUGGAAAUGUGUUGGAAUCUUGGGAAGGUGUUAGAGUUAUGGGACUCCACUGCCUAAAUGGUGGAAAAGUAGUUCUUGCUGCUGACACCCACAACAGAGUUAGAGCUUACAAUUUUGAGGAAUCAAACGAUUAUGACUUAAUAAAAGAAGACCAUCCGAUCAUGUCAUUUUCUGUGUCAGAUGAUGGUAGACAUGCACUUAUCAAUGUAGCUCAGCAGGGUCUUCAUCUUUGGGAUAUUAGAGAUCGAGUUCUAGUCCGGAAAUAUCAAGGUGUAAGACAGGCAAAGUUCACAAUAUACUCGUGCUUUGGAGGCGCAAAUCAAGACUUCCUCGCCAGUGGCAGUGAAGAUAACAAGGUGUACAUUUGGCAUUCAAAGCGUGAAAAACCAGUUGCGGUACUGAGUGGGCACACGAGAACAGUAAACUGUGUCAGUUGGAAUCCCAAGGAUCCUACAAUGAUAGCUUCAUCGAGUGACGAUGGAACUGUACGGAUAUGGGGGCCUGUUACUAGACAUUCCAAGACUGGUUGUGGAAGCACAGCUGUGUAACAAAACGGGGAACUUUUGUAUAAAUAUUGUCAUGGGAUGCUUGCUGUGGUGUUGAAUUUGUAAUAUACACUCUUAAAAUUCUUUCUUGGUUUUCUCCAGUCAAACCCUGGCUCAUCGAUAUCUUGCAGUAUUCAUCCUUAAACUCUAACUUAUAUGGAACUGCUACGAUCGAGAGGAACAUACAGAACGAAAGGAGGUUAAAAAGCGAACAAUCUCCUUGGGAGUUCUUCCUCUUUGUCCUGCAAAACGCUUGCUUUUAUUUCUAUUUUACUUACACUACCCUCGGCGUCCCGGUGACGUCAUGUACUGAACACGGAGUGUGACUAAUGGUCUUGCUUUGGGCAGACCCUAAGUGCUAAGUUGAAGCUUGAGGCGUAAAAUCUUACAGAACUCGGCAAACGUUAUCAUGUCACUUUUACUGGGUUAGAUGGCAAUGGUAAUGUUGCCUUCUACUUCCUCAAAAUGUUACACGGGAAGAGCGGUGGAAAGAUAAUUUACAUCGUGAAAUUGUUGCCAUUAAUUUUAUUUUUCCCCUUCCUAUCUGUAUAGUGCUGGUCGCUCAAGAUAACGGUCAACCAGGGUUCUUUUUUUCAAACGACUAACGACUUUUUCGCGUUUUAUCCAUACUCGAGCUUUCUAAGCCUUCUCUUUACUUUCUCGCUUAUAAACUGUUCGUUUUUUACGGCUUUGAUUAGUGAAAACAAAUUAUAUAAAAUAGGAGUAUUUAAUUUAUGCUGCGAUAGCAAUAAAAUAACGGUUUUCCACAGCAGUGUAGUUUUAGUUGAAGCUCGGCUAGUGGUAGCCCCCUACGGAGACGGCGCCCUUUGGGCUCGUCACGUAAUCUUCCUCCCCCACGAGGGAGGAAGAUUGCGUGACGGAGGCUGGGUUAGCGGAAGUGCGCUAUCAGUGCACCGUAAGUGUUGGAAUUGAUAUGAAAUUCGAUUGAAAAAAACCUCACUUUUCCAACGAAAUGUAAGUAAAGUUAAGGAAAAUGUCUACUUGUGCGUUUAUCGCUUCUAGUAGACUCACGUUAUAUACAGUAUUUCGAAGGAAAAGUAAAGUAUGUUCCGAAUGAUUUUCUGAUCAAUUCAAAGUCCUAUGUUUACUUGUGGUUAAAGUGAUACGGUAGUUUACUGUGUAACAUUGUUUGGCGCCACUUCAUUCCGUUUUCUGUAGCAUCUGGCGACCAAGAGUAUUUCGAUUUCGACGCCCACAGUAUAGGGUGGUUGUUCUGUGAUGGUUACCGCUGCGACUUUCAAUGGUCAAUGCCUCAUCAUAGGGAGCUUUAGGGCCUAUUCACGUGGAAGUGGGGGACCUCGGGCAGGUGAGGUCCUCCACCGUGGUGGGGUGACCAAUCUAUCCAUACAAUCUCUCUUUUUUUUUCUUGGUCGCGUUCACAUGUACCCCACCAAGGCGGGUUACCCGGUCAGCCGGUACGGGUAACCCGCUUUAGUGGGGUUUAAUUUCUCCAUGUGAAAGCUGCGGAGUGGGGUAACCCGCCUAACCGGGGUAAUCAAAUCACUGCGCCAAAGCCCGCCAAAACACACAGCAGGACAACAUGGCUGCCAACCGCAACGAGCGUGGCGAGUUAUUUCGACGAUUUCACCUCCAAAACCGCUAAAACGCUGAUGAAAUUGACAGUGCUAAUCAGGCAAAUCAGCGGAAUCAAACUGAAGUUUUGCCUGCAACGACGUUGAAGCGAAAAGCAG